AUGAGAUUGCUCUCUCUAUGUAGCCUCUUUGCCCUCGCGCAAUGUGCCAUUGUGGGCAUUGACCUCGGCCACCAAUUCACAAAAGCAAUAAUGGUCGCGCCGGGCAUAGCAUUCGACGUGAUCUUCACAGACGAAGGGAAAAGAAAGGACGCAUCCACACUCUACAUCAAGCCCUCGGUGGAGGGUCUGGACUUGAAGGAUGCGGAGAGAUUGUAUGGAGCUCAGAUCGGGUCUCUUUGCACCCGUUUUCCAGCCUCCUGUGCUUCGAACUUGAAGGCUUUGUUGGGCAAAGACGUCUCUGACGAUGCAGUUAGACACUAUAUAAAACAUCAUCCGGGCGUCCAAGUGGUAGGCGACGCCGAUAGAAAUAAUUCCGUCAUGCUCCAGUUGGGUACGGCGCCCCAGAGCUACUCGUUCUCUGUGGAGGAGCUCAUGGGUAUGUCCUUGAACAACCUCAAGCUGCGUGUGCUCAAAGCGUUGGAUUCGCAUCCGCAGGCUCGGUCUGUGGCUGACGACGUGGCUGUGUCUGUUCCUCCAUACGCAGACCAGGUGACCCGCUUGGCGUAUCUUGAUGCUCUCCAAUUGGGAGAGUAUUCUACUAUUCUAGGACUCGUAGAUGAGGGUGUCGCUGCUGCAUUGGCUUACGUUUCCGGAAGAAAGUUCACGCCUGAAGAAUAUGACGAAAAGAAGUCAUACCAUGUUAUUUACGAUGUUGGCGCUGGCUCCACAACGGCAACUCUUUUCUCCUACACUCCUUACAAGAACAAGACGGUGGGUGUUGAGAUUGAAUCGUUCGGCUUUGAUGCCUCUUUUGGUGGUGAGCUCUUGACUCACAAUGUCUACGAUAUCCUCUACCCGAAGUUCUUGAGUCAAUUUGGCUUGGACGACUCUACUGUCUUGCCUCCCAAAUUGAUUGCCCGUUUGAUCGAGACUUCGGAGAAAGCCAAGACUGUGUUGUCAGCAAACUCUGACACAAGAGUUUCCUUGGAGAGUUUCUACAAUGAUAAAGAUUUCAAGGCUGCUAUCACCAGACAAGAGUUUGAAGAUUACUCCUCAGACGCAGCCGAGCGUGCCAUCAAACCAAUUAUCGAUGCGUUGAACCAAGCUACUUCCGAGAAGGUUUCCAUUUCGAGCAUUGACUCUGUCAUUUUGAACGGUGGCUCCACCAGAACCCCAUUCAUUCAAAAGCAGUUGGUAGCCUUGCUCGGUGGCGACGAAAAGAUCUCUAAAGUUGUCAACACAGACGAAGCAUGUGCUCUAGGCACUACCAUCAGGGCUUAUCAAUUAAAGAUGACCUCUGGCACUCCUGAUAUUAUUUUGAAGGACAGAAUCUUCAGUAAUUUCGAGAUUUCCAUUAACAACUCAGAUCAACUUCAAUUGGUUUUCGCCAAGGGAUCUGAAUCAGGAAACAAAACCGAAAUUGUCCUUGGUGGGUUGAACGAUGAAAUAAACGUCUCCCUCUAUGAGAAUAGCGCCCUUUUCCAGACUUACAGUCUCCCAAAUGUUACGAAGAAGGCGGACUCUCUCAAAUGCUCGUCCAAAGAUAUCUCUGUUGUUGGUGUAUUUGAAAUUGAUCAGAACAAAAUCUUCUCUCUCAGUGAAGUGACUCUUAGAUGCCCCAAAAAGAAGGACUCUUCAGCCCUGUCUUCGACAACAAACUCCGAGAAGUCAAACAGCACUAAGGUCGAUGAUCUGAAAGAGCUGCCAGUGCACGAUGAUAGUUUUUUGAACUUCACUAAGCCAAAGCCAAGAACCCAGGUAAAUGUACCAGUUUCUGAUUCCCACUAUGCAAACUUGCGUCCUUUGAAUUCCACCGAAAAGAAAGCUAUAUCCGUGAGCUUGCGUAAACUCAGGGCUAAGGAUGAGGAGAAAAUAGCUCUUCAGGAAAGAAAAAAUGAAUUAGAAAGCUUGUGUUACGGCUUGCGCUCCUUUGUUGAGGACAACUAUGACGACUUGAUGGCUGAGACCGGCGAGGAUGAUCUCGAAACCGCUAAGUCCUUGGUUUCUGAAAUUAUUGAGUGGUUGGAGUAUGAAUCUGAUGAAGCAACUUUUGAAGAUAUCGAGUUCAAGAAGGUUAUCCUUGUCGGCAAAAAAGAAGCUUUGAGUCGGGUUCACAAAAUGGUAGAGGCUAAUUUGAGCUUGCCAGAAUUGAAGAAGAUGUACGACGAAGGUCAAUCUGUCUCCUCUCAGGUAGAGAAGUAUUUGCAGGAAUACAACACGCAAUUGGCUGACAUCAAGAAGCAAUAUCAUGAUGGAGGAUUUGACUACCAGGCCGAGGAUGACAAGGUCUUGACCAAGAUCUAUGGUCUGAAAUCCAAGAAGGCCAUGGCUUUGGGUGGUCAUUUCGAUGACUUCCAGAAGGCCUUGGAGACGCUUCGCAAGAUAGUAAACCUUUCCUCCAAAAAGUUCCAAGCCUUAGCAAAAGAAGAAUUGUUCGAGGCCAGUGAGGGUGUUACUUCUUUGAUCUACAAGAUGAUGGAUGAUGUAGUAUCUUUACAGAAGAAGCACGAAGAACGUCUUGAGUAUUUGAUGACAAAGCUCGAUAAACUCAAAAAGAGACAAGCCCAGAAGGAGUUUAGAUUAAAGAAAAAAGAAGAAGCUGCUUCCAAGGCUGCUAACAGCACUGCUGGAGAGUCUCAAAACGGUACUCCCCUCGAGUUGAAAGACCAAAAAUUAAAUGGCACUACUCCCGAUUCUGCCGACGAACAGAGCUCCGCUGAGCCCGAGAGCACCCCUAAAGCUACCGAUGUUGAUCAUGAUGAGCUUUGA